AUGAUUGAGGGCCUGGCGGAGAAGCCCUUCCCCCGUAUACAGACAGUCAUGAGCCGGAUGACAAGGUUUCUGUCCACAGCAGACUGCAUGUACAGCAGUGGGCCUCUGAGGGUGUUCUGUGGCCUCGCCAGCGUCCCGUGUUCGGUGGCCCCAGAAAAGUCUGUGUGUAGACCUCAGCCACCCCAGGUCCGACGUACUUUCUCCCUGGACACCAUCCUCAGCUCCUACCUUCUGGGCCAGUGGCCCCGAGAUGCUGAUGGGGCCUUCACCUGCUAUUCCAAUGACAAGGCCACCCAGACCCCUCUGUCCUGGCAAGAACUAGAAGGUGAGCGAGCCAGCUUCUGCACACACAAGCGUUCAGCGUCCUGGGGUAGCACAGACCACAGAAAAGAGAUUACCAAGUUGAAGCAACAGCUGCAGAGGACGAAGCUGAGCCGCAGUGGGAAAGAGAAGGAACGGGGUUCCCCACUGCAGGGGGACCAUGCUGUGCGGGGAGCACUGAGGAUGUCCCCGCCCAGCUUUCCUUCAGGGUCCCCAGUCCUGCGGCUCAGCCCCUGCCUGCACAGGAGCCUGGAAGGUCUCAACCAAGAGCUGGAGGAGGUGUUUGUGAAGGAGCAGGGGGAAGAGGAGCUGCUGAGGAUCCUUGACAUCCCCGAUGGGCACCGCGCCCCAGCUCCCCCCCAGAGUGGCAGCUGUGAGCAUCCCCUCCUCCUCCUGGAGCCCGGCAAGCUUGCCAGCUCUCCCUCUGUGCCCCUGGCUGCCCCUCAGCCUUCUGGCCAGGCCAGCCGUGAGGAGCACCGGGGCGGCGUGGAGGAGCUGGCAUCCAUCCCCCAGGACAAAGCCUCCUCUCCAGGCAGCCCAUCGCCAGUUCUUGCCUUUGCCGCCUCCCCUCGGCCCAAUCACAGCUACGUCUUCAAACGGGAGCCCCCAGAAGGCUGCGAGAGAGUGCGUGUGUUUGAAGAGGCCACAUCCCCUGGGCCCGACCUGGCCUUCCUGACUUCCUGUCCUGACAAGAACAAAGUUCAUUUCAACCCGACCGGCUCGGCCUUCUGCCCUGUCAGCUUGAUGAAGCCACUGUUCCCCAGCAUGGGCUUCAUCUUCCGCAACUGCCCCUCCAGCCCGGGCUCUCCUCUUCCCCCUGCCAGCCCCAGGCCACCACCUCGAAAGGAUCCAGAGGCCUCCAAGGCCUCCCCACUACCGUUCGAGCCAUGGCAGCGCACCCCACCAUCAGAGGAGCCAGUGCUUUUCCAGAGCUCCCUGGUGGUCUGAGGGUGCCACCCUCCCACCCCCAGUCCCCACGUUACCACGGAGACCAGUGCCUUGGUGGCAGGCCCUCCCCUGCUCCCCGGAGAUGGGGAUGGAGGACCCUUCCCUCUCGGCCUUCGAGCACUUUCAUUUAUUGUGUCAAAGCCCCGGAUCCUCUUUCUGAUGGACACCGGCCCCUCCCAGCGGGAGGGGACCUGCCUUCUCCACUAGCAGCUGGGCAGCUCACAGCUCUCACCUGUGAAGCCGCCACCUCCCUCACGUGGUGGAGACUCGCCUAGAAGGUCUUGAGUCUCCCACCCCUGAAGGAGUCCAAGUGACUGUAUAGGAAGCCCCUAUCCUUGUCAUGGAGCAAGCUGGCCCUGAGCAAAGGAGGGGACACCACAGAUGUCCUUCCCUCUCCUCCUCCACAGACUGGAAGAGGAGACCAGAAGAUAGACGCCCCCAUCCUCUCAUCCCCAUUCCUAAGCCUCCCUCUCACUGGGGGAGCUGACCAAAGCAGCCCUAAAGGGCCAAAACACUUGACCAGCUGCUGGCAGAGGGGGAACCAGGCGUUUUUCCCAGUGGCAUUUUCAUCUCGCUUUCACCCUGACUACAGAUUGUCUUAAGCAGCAGCCCAGCCUGCCCAGCCCCAGGUGGGCAGUGGGGGAGAGGGAGAGCUGGCGUUCCUCCAGGUGGCAAGGGGCGACUCUGCACCCUCCACCUGCCCCAAGGCUGGGCUGGAUUUGAAAAAUGCCUAUUUUUUCUUGUAUCGAUGUAGAAACUCUAUUUUCUCCCAAAGACACUAUUUUUGCAGCUGUUUGAAGUUUGUAUAUUUUCCGUACUGCAGAGCUUACACAAAAUUGAAGAAGAAUGUUGAUGUUCAAGUUUUCUUAUCUUGUGUUUAGAGGUUGUUUUUUUGCAGAUCUUGGUGUUAAUAGACCAAAUAAAUAAAUAUGUGUUCCCAGCAGC